UGCAAGUUCAGCUCUUCCCCUCGGAAGGCUCGAAUGGUUCAGAGUGACGCGCUCUGUGUGCUGCAGUUUGGUGCGGUGAGGGGAGCUCAGGCAAGCUCUGCGGUCACAGCAUGGAUGCAGUAACCUUUGAUGAUGUACAUGUGGACUUCACUUUGGAAGAGUGGGCUUUGUUGGAUCCUUCUCAGAAGAGUCUUUACAAGGAUGUGAUACUGGAGACCUACUGGAACCUCACUGCUAUAGGUUAUGAUUUGGAAGACCAUAAUAUUGAAGAACAUUUUCAAAGUUCGAGAAGACAUGGAAGACCUGAAAGAAGUCAUACUGGAGAGAAACCCUAUGAAGAUUUUAAGUGUGGUGAAACCUUUGCACAUCACAGUAGUCUCCAAAUACGUAAAAGAAUUCAUACUGGAGAGAAACCCUAUGAAUGUAAUCCAUGUGGUAAAACCUUUGCAUAUCACUGCCAUCUUGGAAUACAUAAAAUAAUACAUACUGCAGAGAAACUCUACAAAUGUAUUCAAUGUGGUAAAGGUUUUUCAGAACAUAAUACUCUCCAAAGACAUAAAAUAACCCAUUCAGAGGAGAAACCCUAUGAAUGUAAUCAAUGUGGUAAAGCCUUUGCACAUCAUGAAAAUCAUGAAAGAACUCACAUUGGAGAGAAAACUUACAAAUGUAAGGAAUGCGAUAAAGCCUUUUCACAGCACUGUUAUAUGCGAAUACAUAAAAGAAUACACACUGGAGAGAAACCUUAUGAAUGUAAUCAGUGUGGUAAAGCCUUUGUAUGUCUCAGCAGUCGCCGAGUGCAUGAAAGAACACAUACUGGAAAGAAACCCUACAAAUGUAAUCAAUGUAAUAAAGACUUUGCAAGUCAGAGUGAUCUUAAAAAACAUAAAAGAACACAUACUGGAGAGAAACCCUACAAAUGUGAUCAAUGUGGUAAAGUCUUUGCAAGUCAGAGUGAUCUUAAAAAACAUAAAAGAACACAUACUGGAGAGAAACCCUACAAAUGUGAUCAAUGUGGUAAAGUCUUUGCAAGUCAGAGUCAUCUUAAAAGACAUAGAAGAACACAUACUGGAGAGAAACCUUAUGAAUGUAAUCAAUGUGGUAAAGCGUUUUCAGACCACCAUACUCUCCGAAUACAUGAAAGAACACAUACUGGAGAGAAACCCUUUGAAUGUAACCAGUGUGGUAAAACUUUUAAACUACACAGUCAACUCCGAAUACAUAAAAGAACACACACUGGAGAGAAACCUUAUGAAUGUAACCAAUGUGGUAAAACCUUUGCAUGUCCCAGUAGUUUCCAAAAACAUAAAAGAAUACAUACUGGAGAGAAACCCUAUGAAUGCAAUCAGUGUGUUAAAGCCUUUGCAUAUCACAGUAGUCUCCGAAAACACGAAAGAACACAUACUGGGGAGAAACCCUUCAGAUGUAAUCAGUGUGGUAAAAUCUUUUCGCAGCACAAUAGUCUCCAAAUACAUAAAAGAACACAUACUGGGGAGAAACCCUAUGAAUGUAAUAAAUGUGGUAAAGCCUUUCCAUACGACAGUAGUCUCCGAGUGCAUGAAAGAACACAUACCGGAGUGAAGCCUUAUGAAUGUAACCAGUGUGGCAAAGCCUUUGGAUAUCACAGUCAUCUUCAGAGACAUGAAAGAAUACAUACUGGAGAGAAACCUCAUUAACGUAAGCAAUGUGGUAAAGCCUUUGUAUGUCACAGUAAUCUUCAAAGGCAUAAAUGAAUUUAUACUCGAGAGAAACCUCAAGAAUGUAUUUAAUAUGAUGAAGGCUUUUGCAUGAUUUUAUAGUCUUCAUCAUCAUGAAAGUAAACAUACUAGAGAGAAAUUCCUUGAAUAUAGGCAAUGUGGUAAAGUCUGUGUUAUGGGGCCCACUUAGAUCCAACACAACUAAAAAAUCAGGUUAAUGCUGAUGACAGUUUAUUAUAAUCAAGCCAUUACUGAUCAAUCAGGGCCACAGAACAUACUCAAGAGCUGAACUUUAAGCCUGAGCCAGAAUGGUACCAGACUUUAAAGCUUGAAAACCACAAACAUCUGUGUCAAGCUACAGCAAUGAUUUUCUACCAAUCAGAUUUAGGGCUAGAAGUAUUCCUUAUGUAGUUGAUCUUUGUCAACUGAUGGCAGAAUGUCGGUUUUACAGUCUAAAAAUUAUAUCCAUUUUCUCUUUGUAGUUAGGAACAGGCUUUGUGUUUUGGGGAACAAAAGAUGCAUAACAAAAGCUGUCAAGAACAGUCAAUAUGUUUUGGAAAAUAAAAACCAUGGUUAGGAACAGUCAUGAUGUUUCGAGGAACAAAGAUGAAUAAUGGAAGCUUCUCAGUGAUUAGGAAGUCUCCAGCUUCAUGUUCUGGGAAUGUGAAUUUAGUUUCACUAUAUGAUUAAAUGAAGUCUGAUAACAAAAUGGCUAUACUUGGGACAAUUUUCUUAUACUUGUUCACAGCAUUUGCAUAUCACAGUAAUAUUUGAAUACAUAAAAGAGAGAAACUGUUAGCCAUUCUGACUGGUGUGAG